AUCCCAUGUUCAUGGAUCAGAAGACUUAAGAUAGUAAUACUCCCCAAAUUCAUCUACAAAUUCAAUGCAAUUCCUGUCAAAAUCCCAGCUGUCUUUUAAAAUAGAAAUUGGUAAACUGAUCUUAAAAUUCACAUGGAAAUGCAAGUGACCCAGAAUAGCCUAGACAAUAUUGCAAAAGAAAAAUAUAGUUGGGAAAGUCACACUUCCUAAUUUCACAACCUACUAUAAAUCUACAGUAAUCAAGACAGUGUGGAACUAGCAUAAGGAGACAUGGAGAUAAAUGUAAUAGAAUUGAAGGUCCAGAAAUAAUCCUUUACAUUUAUGGUUAAUUGUUUUUUGACAAAGUGCCGAAACAUUUCAAUGGAUAAAGAAUAGUCUUUCCAAAAUUGAUGCUGAGACAACUGGAUAUCUACACACAAAAGACUGAAGUUGGGGGCGGGGCGCGUUGGGGCCGGGGCCCCUAGGAGGCCGGCUGCGGACGGGCCGAAGGUCGGAGCUCCCAUGGUGGAGGGCGGCGGCCCCGGCGGGCGGGCCGGGCCGGGCGGGGUCCGCAGUGCAGGUCCUAAUCUGAAGGAGUGGCUGAGGGAGCAGUUUUGUGACCAUCCGCUAGAGCACUGCGAGGACACCAGGCUCCAUGAUGCAGCCUGCGUGGGGGACCUCCAGACCCUCAGGAGCCUGUUACAAGAGGAGGGCUACCGGAGCCGCAUCAACGAGAAAUCUGUCUGGUGCUGUGGCUGGCUGCCCUGCACACCACUGCGAAUCGCGGCCACUGCUGGCCGUGGGAACUGUGUGGACUUCCUGAUCCAGAAGGGGGCCGAGGUGGAUCUGGUGGAUGUAAAGGGACAAACUGCCCUGUAUGUGGCUGUGGUGAACGGGCACCUGGAGAGUGCCCAGAUCCUCCUUGAAGCCGGCGCCGACCCCAACGGAAGCCGGCACCAUCGCAGUACGCCUGUCUACCACGCCUCUCGUGUGGGCAGGGCCGACAUACUGAAGGCUCUCAUCAGGUAUGGGGCUGAUGUCGAUGUCAACCACCACCUGACUCCAGACAUCCGGCCCCCUUUUUCCCGGCGCCUCAGCUCCUUGGUCGUCUGCCCCUUGUACAUCAGCGCGGCCUACCACAACCUCCAGUGCUUCAAGCUGCUCCUCCAGGCUAGGGCGAACCCCGACUUCAACUGCAACGGCCCUGUCAACACGCAGGGCUUCUACAGGGGCUCCCCCGGGUGCGUCAUGGAUGCAGUCCUGCGUCAUGGCUGUGAGGCGGCCUUUGUGAGCCUGCUCGUAGCGUGUGGAGCGAACCUGAACCUGGUGAAGUGGGAAUCCUUGGGCCCAGAGUCGAGAGGCAGAAGGAAGGCCGACCCCGAGGCAUUGCACGUCUUUAAAGAGGCCAGAAGUGUCCCCAGGACCUUGCUGAAUCUGUGCAGUCUGGCCGUGAGAAGAGCUCUUGGCAAAUACUGACUCCAUCUGAUUUCUUCGCUGCCUCUGCCAGACCCCAUAAAGAAGUUUCUACUUUAUGAGUAGAAGUCAAGGGCAGACGUUGAUUGCGGUGAGGAAGAAGGCGAUCUGCAGGGACAGCUGACAUCGAUUCUUGCCCUGUGAGCCACGCCCUGGGCUGCUGCCUCAGUCCGAUCUGGCUGUUGGUAGAGCAGGAAUGGCUCGUGGAUUGGAUUGUAAUUCCAGCUCAGGUGCUUGGUCGGGGCAUCACACAGUCCUUGGGUCAUUGUCAGCCGAGAGGCUCAUGCAAAACUUAAUUUUGUUCUUCCCUAAUAUCUGUUUUGGAUUUUCACAGUUGCAUAUUAAUGAAAGGGGCCUUGAAAUGGGUGCAGGUGGGGGUUGGAGGCCUGCUAAUAUCCCCAGUAGGGAAGACCCCUAGCACUUUCUAGAACUGUUCUUCUGUUUAUAUUUUUACUUCUCAAUUUAAUUGUUCAAUUAAAGUUUUAUAAUACCCAAAUGAAAAGAGAGUUUUGGUAAAAGAGUAGAAUGCAGAAAUGCAGUUCAUGAACUUGCUAGUUUGUUUUCCCAUCUCCUGGAGUUGACACAUGGCAUUUGUCAUACAUACUCUUCUUCCUUGCCACUUCGGUGUUCACUCCUAGUGGUGAGAGUGUCAUAUUCAUUGUCUUCAUUCAAGGAUGGUUUCCUGGCCGCAUGGAUUAGCUGGGUUAUCUCAGAGUCAAUA